AUGUAUGGAGCACGAAAGGACUAUUUGGUUCCCUACAACUCCGCAUUUAUUAAUAGUCAAUCAAGUGAUACUGAUUCUGGACGCUUUUCGGGAGGCGCAACGUCCUCGGACUCUUCUUUUCGCGUACAAGAUGUCAAUAGUACUUUGCUUAUCAAGAUAUUAAUAACUCCCUUAUCAAAACAAGUUUACGCAUUCGUCUCAUCGAAAGCUUUGGUAAACCAUGUCAAACAGAAACUACUUGGAGAGUUCGGAUCUCAGAUUACUGAUAGCAUAAAUUGUGGUCUUUUUGUCCCUCCUUCCAAUGGAAGAAAUGGGAAAUUUCUCGAAGAGGACCGCCCGAUUUCUGCUUACAUUACUGAUGAUUUAAGCUCAAAUCUAGAGUUUACUCGAAAGAGGCGACUUUGUCCCCCAUCACACAUAAGCCUGCCAACAGAUGAUAAAAACAAAAAUCUCCCGCAAUCUUUUCUUCGUGCUGUCGCCCGAGACGAUGUCAAAAAAGUGGAAAAAUAUCUUUCGAAGGGAUUCGACCCCAACUUUAUUUGUCCAAGAACAGAAGAAUCACCUUUAUCUGUGGCCGUCGCUAGACCAAGGCCUUUAGAGAUGAUCAAAGCUUUAAUCUCAGGCGGAGCGCAUAAAGACUUUCGGACUAGAAAUGGACUGACUCCGUUGCAUAAAGCUGCCUCCAUAGGCAAUUUCGAAGCAGUUAAGGCUCUGCUUGAUUUCGGACAAUCUCCCAAUACUUUGGACGCCAAUGGCUUGACCCCACUCUAUCACAAUAUUCUCGGUGAUGUUGAUACAAGAAUUUGCCACAGACUGCUGUAUGAGUAUGCCCAGAUUGAGAUAUACGACGCUGACGGUAAGCAGGAGAUCCACCAGGCUGCUCUACUAGGCCGUACCGAUCAAAUCAACCUGCUAAUAAUGUACGGUGCAGACGUUAAUGCUAGAUCCCUUCCACGUCCACCACUAGAUCCUCCGGGUCUUCCAGCCCUUCCCACCCGGUCAGCAACCAAGUCUAGUCAGCAGGGAGGUCAGUCUAACCGGGGACAGCCGCAGUUGCACCGGAUAAUUGGAUGCGGAGGAGAGACACCGUUGCACUACGCAGCCAUGACCGGACAGUGUGCAACGGCCAGACGUCUGCUCUACUGGGGUGCCGAUCCAGCCCUCACCAACGAUGAUGGACACACACCCUUCCAGGAAGCUCAGCUUCGUGGUAAUCACGAAGUCGCCGAAAUUAUAAGCAGUUUUCGUGUAGGUGCUGGUGCCAAUGUGAGAGGAAUCGGAGGCUCAGAGGGCAGCAUUUGUGGCCCUUUCCUUCCAGCUCCAACCUAUAACCAGAAACGCAAACCAAUGACUGCACCUCUGCAGGCGUCACCAUUGGACCAUUACGUGACCUUGACUGUGUUGGGAGCUGAACGCAAGGGUCCCUCACGGAGUGUCACGAUACCCUUCCCUGUUAGUCCCUCUCGACAUCAGGCCUCUUUAGUAGUCACCGAUGGCUACCGCUCUCAUCAAAAUCUUCCUGCCUCCCCAUCACCAUCCCCUUCACCUCUGUGUCUUCUCAGAGGUCGAGCAUGUUCUGAAAGCGAUCUUAUGCGCUUUCUGGAGGAGGAAGAGAAGAAUAGUGACGGAAAAAAAGAUGCGGAGGAUGCAGUAAGGACUCGUGUCGUUCAGUCAUCUCGAGAAAGGUCCAAUCCUCGUCGUAUUCGACGUCAGAAGAUCGUCCGUGGAUUAACUGAGGUUGUGAACACAACAGACCAUCCUACGAGCCCGAAUCACGACUGCCGGCGCCUAAGGAGUUGGAAGUCGUCCCACACUCUCAACGAGGACUCGAAUCUGGAGGACGACGAGGUGGCUGACUUGAUGCCAAUCAAGCUUCAGAGUCGUCCCAAGUUACGAAUGGCGAGUCCUCAACUCGGCGUGGUGGAUACAAAGGCUCUCAGUCAAUUUAGAACGGCACCGACAUCAAACCUCUCGCCCGAACGACCCUGGUCUUCACAAGACACUGCCACAGCUGCACAUUUAGCCAGAAGAGAAGAGUUGAAUAAGAAGUUACCCGUUUGGUAUGCUUUGAAAUUAUCGAAUGGAACACCCACUCCCACACGGUCACAGCUGAGUCAGAGAAUUCGGGAUGAUGAAUACGAAAUCCAGACAGUGCCCGUGCGACAAUCGGCAACAGGUAGGGAGGGUGCCCCCAUUCCAGCCAAUCCCUUUGCAGUUGUAGAAAAUGCCUCUUCACGUCCGGUGUCGCCUAGACAACGCGACUCGCACCAUUUUCCAAGGUCACCCAUCAUGUCACCAGAUCGGUCAGGUGCCGGUUCACCCACUUCUGUGAUUACUAGACCCUCUGGUAUUGAAUCAAGGGUAAGAGAAGUAGGCGGAAUAACUCGCACUGUGACCCUUCACAAGGCCUACUUGCCUGAUGCUCCGCGCGUUCCUACCCUCGGUCUAUCCCUAGGAACUGUACAGAACCUAUUGGCUGUUCAACGUUUUGUACCCACUUCCACAAAACCAAGCCUCCAACAGAUCAAAAAUGUGAAGCCCGCAAGUCCUGCCUUCAACGCUGGUCUCCGUGCAGGCGAUUAUGUUCUUAAGAUCAACUACAAGGACGUCACACGAGCCUCGCAUGCAGAGGUGGUAAAACUGCUGGAAAACCUGAAAUCCAACCACGUGGUGUUGGAGGUGACACGCCCCAAACCCGAGGGACCCGGCUCUGGCCAAAAGGAGCACUUCGUCGUCUCACGCCAUAGCACUCUGGCCAGUGGUGCGUCAAGUUCUGCAGUGAAAGCUAUCGUCCAACGUAGUGUCAGCAUGGCAGGGCGCGUGAACCACAACAACGGACCGGCCCCCUACUCACCCAUGCUGCCCAUGCAUGUGCCCCAGCACAGUCAAUGCAUCUCGCCCGGGGAGAGUAGUGCCUCUAGCACGGAUGAACCAUUUUGCAGUCAUUCCGGUAGCCGAGCUGGUCCACGAGCGACCUCACCUCAAAUUAUGGAUGGUCGAACUAGCGGCAGUCGACAGCCACUCCCACGUAUUCACAAUGCGGCCGACUACCGAAUUCGGCACAAAUUUCCAAACACAAAGUUCGCUGAAGCUAUUCGACAAACGCAGGUUCCGGGCAAACGCAGUCUUCAGCCAAUUCCCAAAUCACACACUGUUAACUCGUUCACCAGGGAUAUCGGGACAGACAUAUCGGGCCUCAACUCCACCGGAGCCACAGAUUCAAUGAGUUCCUCCCUGCGUCAUACCGGCCGUCAAACCUAUGUGAACAACUCUAAAUUGGGUCGUCCAGUCCGUUCAGUGCCUCAGCCGCAACUCUCCUUCCUUCCACACUACCACUCUCCGAUCCGUCGAGGCCAUGAAACGUCUGGACCUCACAGACGCGAUCGCAGCAGCCGUCAUCCAACCGAAAAUGCACGUCCACUCUCCAUGAUCAGUGGAGGUGAUGACUUCGGCCCCAGAAGACGUCCUAGCGUGGCUGAAGGCGCCGGCAUCUAUCCGUGCUCCCUCUCCGCCAUGUCGGCGAAAACUCCGCCACCAGUACAGGGUAGCACUUUUGACCCAGAUGACCUGGUGCUUCCACCACCAGAGGAGUUUUGCUGCUGA